AUGCGAGCAGAAUGCAGAUGUCCUGAGGGAGAAAUGGUUGCCUUGUUGCAUCACAUCGCUGGUAAACACUGUUGGAGGGCUUCCAAGGAAUUUACAUUAGUUAUAAAAUGUGGCCACCUUAGAAUAAGUAGAAAAGACCAAAACGAGAUUGUAUGGGUUGAAAAUGGUUCCCCUGCUCAUGUUGCUUUGGAGGAAGUCAUCACAAACAAAAAGCUGCUGAAAGAUCUGGCAAAGCUAACAGAAUUCGACAACACUGGUGAGUUAGAGUCAUACCAUUCCCUUAUGACAAUAUAUGCACUUAAACGUGAGCACUUUUGUUAUAAUGCAAUGGUGGCUCGAACUCAGCUAGCCGUCUUGGACCACAAUGCCAAUGUGAACAGAGCCCAGGCAGAAGUGAAGAAAGGAUCAAAGCAAGGCAAGAAAAGGUUCAAGAUUGUUUGUGGCAAGCAGAGAAAGAACUGGGUGGCCAAGGAGAUUAAGACCCCAAAAUCCUACAGCUAUGUUGAGGGCAUGAUGAAUGAUGUAAUCCUGUGUAAGAAAGGCAAAAAAUUCAAAUACAAGCCAAAAAUUCAAGCAAAAUGUAUUGCACCAACUCCUAAGCCACCAAAACAGGAUGUCAUUGAGAAGCGGCUCAGUAAUAAACAGAAGUGA